AUGUGGUCUAGAUCCCAAGCGUUUACAGCUAUGGCGGACACCACUGUAGAGAAAGUCCCCACCGCUGAGUCAUCCGCUUCAUCCUCCGCAGAAGCUUCAAUCGCUGCCGAAAAGACAGAGCCCACGACAUCAAUCACUGCCGAGAAGACAGAGCCGACGACGACUGAGAAGAAAAAGUGGGGCGAUGUUGAGGAUGACGAAGAAGAAGAAGCAACCACAGUAACGGAGCUCAAUUCAUUGAGUAUUAAAGAGGAAGAGAAACAUGAAUCUAUCCUCGAAGAGCCCGAAGAUUCAAACAUCAAAGCGGUUACUUCCGGUGACACACCAUAUACAUCGGCGAGUAGGUUUGAAGAUUUGAACUUGUCACCUGAGCUGAUGAAAGGAUUGUAUGUAGAGAUGAAGUUCGAAAAGCCGAGCAAGAUCCAAGCAAUCAGCUUGCCAAUGAUAAUGACUCCUCCUCACAAGAAUCUGAUUGCUCAGGCGCAUAACGGAUCUGGGAAGACGACAUGUUUCGUCCUUGGAAUGCUCAGUCGUGUUGACGUGAAUAUUAAACAGCCUCAAGCCCUUUGCAUUUGCCCCACUAGAGAAUUAGCAAACCAGAAUGUGGAGGUACUUCAGAAGAUGGGGAAGUUUAGUGGGAUCACAGCUGAAGUGGGAGUCCCAGGGACGUCGAGAGAUGUGAGGAAAGAGCCUGUUACCGCACAAGUGGUCAUUGGCACCCCGGGAACACUUAAGAAGUGGAUCUCAUUCAAGAGGCUAUCUCUAGCCCAUUUGAAGAUUCUGGUUUUUGAUGAGGCUGACCAUAUGCUUGCUACGGAUGGUUUUAGAGAUGAUUCAUUGAAGAUAAUGAAAGACAUUAAAAGCGUUAAUCAGAAUUUCCAGGUUCUUCUGUUCUCGGCAACUUUUAACGACGUUGUCAAAGAUUUCGUUACGAGGACAGUGAAGGACCCAAACCAGCUGUUUGUCAAGAGAGAGGAGCUGGCGUUGGACUCAGUCAAGCAGUACAAAGUGGUUUGCCCAAGGGAGGAAAACAAGAUUGAAGUGAUCAAGGAUCAGAUUAUGGAGCUUGGGGAUAUCGGUCAGACCAUAAUAUUUGUGAGAACGAAGGUGUCAGCUGGUAAACUGCACAAAGCUCUUACGGAAAUGGGGUACGAUGUCACCAGUGUCCAUGGUAGUAUGACAGAAGCCGACAGAGAUAAGAUAGUGGGCGAGUUCAAAGCCUGCUUAACUCAAGUUCUAAUCGCAACCGAUGUGAUUGCAAGAGGUUUCGACCAACAACGGGUGAAUCUGGUUGUAAAUUAUAAUCUGCCUACUAAAUAUGAAACCGGAGAGCCGGAUUAUGAGGUGUAUCUUCACAGAGUUGGAAGAGCUGGCCGGUUUGGUCGUAAAGGAGCUGUGUUCAACCUUCUACUGGAUGACCGGAGGGAGAAAGAGGUGAUGGAGAAAAUUGAGAGAUAUUUUGAGGCACACGUUAAGGAGAUAAAGUGUUGGAACGCAGAGGAAGAGUAUAAGAGCGCACUCAAGGAAGCUGGCCUGCUCGAUAAAGAAGUUGUUUAA